AUGGUAGCCAGACGGGCCGACGGGGGUGGUUAUACCCAGACCGACGCGACGACGCCCGACUUCGACGAGAAGACGCCGCUCAUCCACGACGCACAGGAGCCCUAUCCUGUGAAGCACACAUCGAACAGGUGGCUGAUACCUCAAAGGGUAGCCGACGUAUUUGUCGGUGGCGUCAAGCUACUCCUCACGCCCAUUGUUGUGACCGGGCAUUAUCUCGUCGCAUGUUUCCACUACGAAGACGGACGCUUCUCGCUCAUCGCCCCUUUAUACCACCUUAGCCGUCCUUUCACAAGAUCCCGGCGGAAGAAGCGGACCGCCGCGACCAUGCAUGCAUCCGACUCGUCUGACACGCAGGAGAAGGGGAAGCGCAAGAGCAGAAGACCAAGCCUCACCGCGACGCAGAAGGUCAAGAAGCCCCCCAAGCGUUCGCCUUCGGUCAUCUCGACGUCGACAGCAAUCUCAUCUGAUUCAGAGAUGGAGAGCGAGCGACCAUUCUCGAGAGACGGUGACUAUGAUGCGCCCUCCCGCCACACGCGAUCGAAAUCGACUGCCUCCUCCGCCGGCGAAGAGAUUGCACCCGCGAAGAGGCAGAUACGUAUCAAGCUACACAAUGAUGAGGCGCUGCGACAGCGCAAGGCAGCGAAGAAGACGAGCGCGAAGGGUGGGUUGACCCAGGUGUCGACCGAAGCUGCCAACGCCCUCAAGUCCCCAACUGGUCCCAUAACCUCCAAACAACUGACAAAGUUUCCUCGAGCGCCACAACCCCCGCGACCCCUGGUCCCGCGGCGCCAGCCGUCGUAUUCUGCCGCGAAUACGGCUUCGGUCGGCCCGCACCAGAAAACGUUGAUUCUAGAUCUCGAUGAAACACUGAUCCACAGCAUGGCCAAGGGCGGGCGCUAUACAACGGGCCACAUGGUCGAGGUGAAGCUCCAACAGCCAGUAGGAGCGGGCGGCCAAAUCAUAGGCCCGCAGGUCCCUAUCUUGUAUUAUGUCCAUAAACGACCACAUUGCGAUGAAUUUCUGAAAAAGGUGUGUAAAUGGUACAACUUAGUAAUCUUCACGGCGUCUGUGCAGGAGUACGCCGACCCAGUUAUCGACUGGUUGGAGACGGAGCGCAAGUACUUUGCGGGAAGGUACUACCGGCAGCAUUGCACCUUUCGGAAUGGGGCUUACAUCAAGGAUCUGGCCCAAGUUGAGCCUGACCUCAGCAGGGUCAUGAUCGUUGAUAACAGCCCCAUGUGCUACGUCUUCCACGAAGACAAUGCCAUUCCCAUUGAAGGCUGGAUCAAUGACCCUACAGAUCAUGGCCUCCUGCAUUUGAUCCCGCUCCUGGAAGGCCUGCAGUAUGUCACCGACGUUCGCGCAUUGCUUGCCCUGCGGUUGGGUCAGCCGCAGACAAUCUGA